AUUCCUGUGUGUGGGUGGUGCGGCUGCAGGUAUUUUUGCGGGUCCCCCAUUCCUGUGUGUGGGUGGUGCGGCUGCAGGUAUUUGUGCGGGUCCCCCAUUCCGCUGUGUGAGUGGUGCGGCUGCAGGUAUUUGUGCGGGUCCCCCAUUCCUCUGUGUGGGUGGUGCGGCUGCAGGUAUUUGUGCGGGUCCCCCAUUCUUCUGUGUGGGUGGUGCGGCUGCAGGUAUUUGUGCGGGUCCCCCAUUCCUCUGUGUGGGUGGUGCGGCUGCAGGUAUUUGUGCGGGUCCCUCAUUCCCAUGUGUGGGUGGUGCGGCUGCAGGUAUUUGUGCGGGUCCCGCAUUCCUGUGUGUGGGUGGUGCGGCUGCAGGUAUUUGUGGGGGUCCCACAUUCCUCUGUGUGGGUGGUGCGGCUGCAGGUAUUUGUGCGGGUCCCCCAUUCCUCUGUGUGGGUGGUGCGGAUGCAGGUAUUUGUGCGGGUCCCCC